AUAAUAAUGACUUCUAAAUCAGAUGUUACACUGGAUCACUUUUAUGUUUUUAAUGGGAAUUACUCCAAAAAAGAAGGAGAUGAAGAAAAAAAAAUAUUUUAUUAUUAUCCAGAAAAAAUUGAUGUCGACACUAAAAUCCGUAAUGUCGGAUUAAGCGAAGCAAUUAUUAAAUUUACUGAACAGAUUUAUUAUCAGCCAGAGCCAGAUUUCUGGAUGAUUAUGAUCAUUGGAGUUCCUUAUGUGGUGAAAAAUAAAGAUGGAAUUGAUUAUACCGAGUAUCAGCAUGACGAAGUAUCAAGUUCAGUGUGUCAGGCUAUACUUAAGCAAGCUUAUAUGAGAUUUAGACUAUUUAUGGGAUCGUUUGAGACUAUUUUAAAUGAUCCUCAGUAUGGGUCAGUUACGUUACUAAAACAUAAAUUAGAUUAUUUUUAUACUGGGUAUUUACCAUCAUUAAAGCUGAAUCAUCGUGAUAUACUAGAUAUUUUUCAAGGACUACAAUUUUUACCGUUAGAUAAAAUAACAUUUUUAAAGGUCCAAUGUUUUAUGAACCUUAUUGAAGCGACAUUCCCACAGAUAAAAUACACAGCAUUCCUAUAUAACGACCAAUUAGUAUGGAGCGGAUUGGAGGCAGAAGACAUGCAAGUUGUUUAUAAUUAUUUAAUAAGCAGUCUUUUGCCAGAGUAUCUAGAAAAAGAAUUUCACAGCGGAUCAAUGCCACGUAAUUCAGCGUCACCUUUCACAAGUUCUCAUUACGGAAAAUUUGUUACUGGAGCAUCGAGCCUAAAUGAAUCAAUCGGUAUUACAAAAUCGCCAAAAGUCUUUAUAAAUUAUCCAAAUAAACCUACCUCAUUAUAUUUAGUUGUUUAUAGCGCACUAAGUGCAACUCUCUGCCUAUUUGUCGACAGUACAAGUUUAUUAAUUGACUAUCUAAAAAGUCUCGACGCAUUCUUGGGUCCUCAGUUGACGACUCUGGUGAACACUGUAGCAGAGCAGUACUCCAAACACGUACCAGAUGUUUCCGACUCAGCUCCGAAGUACCUUUACUUCAACAGACUAAAUUUGGCGUACAAGAGUACGAUCCACCUGGACAACAGACGCUGCUCAAAUGUACUGACAACUCCAGAAGUAUUGAGAAUAAUUACAGAUAUUAAUAGUGAUUCAAACCGGCUGAAAGAAGACGGCGAGACGAUUAUUAAAACUAUGAGUGAUUAUUGGGUUGUUGGAAAAUUAUCUAACUUACGGGAAUUUUAUGUUGUGAUACAACAAAAAAAUGCAAAUAUUAUUGAAAUUGAU